GACAAGCAAUUCACCACUACACUCUUGAAAUAUCAACAGACAGGCGGGAAUGAUGCGAACUGGAUGUAUUUUGGGCGGUACAGGGCGCAUAAUCAACGAAUUUGCGAUAUCAGCUUCUGGCGCCACCCGGAUACCGGAGAGCCAAGAUUACUUAGUCUCGGCGAGGAUAGAUUCAUGGUGGAAUAUGAUCUAGUCAACUCUUUUCCCGAUCACCUGCUACUUCUGCGCAUCGACCGUGUGGAUCAGCGUGCCUUGCCUCAAUGCCUUACACUUUUGCCACGCUUUAGCCCCUACCAAGAAGAGUUUGCCUGUCUAGUCAACUCACGCUCCAAAAUCAAGUUGUACAAUUCUACCACCUUCCUCUGCCGGAAGACAGUAACUGCCCCUAUAGAAGGCGUUCCAUUUGUUAAGUAA